CCCGGCAGGCGGCGCUUCCCGGGCGCAAUGGGGCCGCUCCUGGGGCAGGUGGUGGCGAGGCCCCGAGCGGUUCCUCUAGAGGCGCUCCCCCCAGAGGCGUCCCCCGGGGAGAGGAUCGGGGGCCGGGAGCAGAGCCCAUGAGCAGCUCGGUGGCGGGGCCCGACUGCUGCGGAGGCCUGGGCAACAUCGACUUCGGGCAGGCAGACCUCUGCGUGAUGACCCGCCUGCUGGGCUACGUGGACCCCUCGGAGCCCUGCUUUGUGGCCGCCGUCCUCGCCAUCGUUUUCAACCCACUCUUCUGGAAUGUGGUGGCGAGAUGGGAGCAGAGGACCCGGAAGCUGAGCAGAGCCCUGGGCUCCCCCCACGUGGCCUGCUACGCGCUGGGCGGGGUCAUCCUGGCCCUGAACGCCCUGCGCUCACACUGGUUCACUCAGGCCAUGCGGAACCAGCCCCGGAUGGACAGCCUGGACACCCCCACGGCCUACCAGGCCGGCCUCGUGCUGCUGGGCGCCGGCAGUGUGCUGGUGCUGUCCAGCUUCUCUGCCCUGGGCUUCACCGGGACCUUCCUGGGUGAUUACUUCGGGAUCCUCAAGGAGGCCAGAGUGACCACGUUCCCGUUUAACAUCCUGGACAACCCCAUGUACUGGGGCAGCACAGCCAACUACCUGGGCUGGGCCGUCAUGCACGCCAGCCCCGCCGGCCUGCUGCUGACUGGGGUGGUGGCCAUCGUCUACACGGCAGCCACCCUGUACGAGGAGCCUUUCACUGCUGAGAUCUACCGGCAGAAAGCCUCCCAGUCCCGCAAGAGCCACUGACGGGCUGCCCGGCAUCUUACCUCCCUCCGGCCUCCCCGGGGCUACGUCGAGACAGCGAACGUGCCCGCUGCUGCUCAUGCCCGCUGGCGUGGGCCCCUCCAGUGCCUUGGAAACCGCUGCCGUGGGACCUCGGACCUGCUACCAUGUGGCCACUGAGCCCUUCCUACUGCCCACCGUGUCUAACUCCCCAAUAAAGGCCCCUGACCCCA